AAACUGUGAGUUUUCUUCACUUUCAUCCAGAGCUUCACAAUUUUCUGUUAUGAGCCCCCCACCCCCAGGAAAAAGGGGGGAAAAAAAACCCCUACCGAAGCCCCCAACUGCGGCCCCUUUCAGGGAAGUGACAACGAAGGGCAGCAAAAGUCCAAUUCCGGCUGACACGUAUACACUCCGCCCGCCCCUCGCACUCUGAUGCGCAUGCAAAAAAGAAAAAACGGCAGAGAAAGAAGAAAAGCGUUCCAGCAGCAGCAGCAACUAUGUGACAGACCCACACCGCGCGGACCAUCGGCUCUGCUCGCGGGCACCUGCGGAGGCACAACCGCGCCGCCAGCGCAGCGUCCCGCCGGACGACCUUGCUUGCAACCCCCCCCCCCCCCCCUUAGCGCCUUUUAGUUGCCUGGCGCGUGAUGAACGGCGAACUGGAGCCGCCUCUACUUUUAUGCCCCGCAGUCAUCGCGACUCCCGUCGGCUUCGCAGACCGACACGGACUGGAAUUUCUUUUUCGCGGGGUUCAUUAAAGGAUGAGAGAGCGCCAGUCGACGCAGCCGCCGCGUUUUAGGAGGAGUCACUGAUGGUGUGUAGGUUCCCGCACACCCGUAACCCUUGUGAGGAUAAGCGGUGUGUGGCAUGAUCAAGGAGAGGAAAAAAGUGUUCCUUCUGCCAAGUUGCUGCUGUGAUCGCGGUGCUUUGGGGCCCACCCGGCUGACGUCUGGGCUGACCCCUGCCCUCCCCCCUCGCCCUCUCCUCCCCCCUGCUUCAGCUGUAAGGGCUUUGUUGUCACUCAACCCCGUUUUAGGAAUGAAGUCUAGCAUGAGGCAGUGGCGGAGGCUGGUGUUGGUGGGAAUCCUGGCCUGGGGUCUCAUCUUUCUCACCCUUUUUUCAUACUUACUGGAUGCCCGCGUCAAUGAGUUGCUGACCUCCGCCGGGUCCCUGCUGUCCCAGCACCCCGACACCCGCCGCCUGACCUCCAUCCAGGCCUCCCAUCUGCAGAACGGUGUCGCGACCACGACCUUGCCGGGAGAUGUGCCCGAACCGGAGCCUCGGACCGGGUCGGAGGUGAGCCGCAGCCCCAACAGCGCGGCCUACGGCAGCCAGGAGAGCAGUCGCCUAGACUACUUGGACCCCCAGACUCUGGCGGCCUGGUCUUCCUUCGGCACAGAGAAUGUGGGCUCUCACUCGGACCCGGUGACCCAGAGUCACGAGAAGAGCCUUUCCCAGACUGCGGGACAUCAAAACUCAAGCCCCCGCGAAGGAGAAGAGGAUGACGAGAGGGAAAACGCAGAUGAAGAGAAGGGAAAUGAAACCAAGACCGAAGGUGUCAGGAAGGCCGCUGACGCCUCCUCCGAUCUGGAAGAGAACGACUUCUCCAGGUCGGCAUCGGUGUUGAAGCGCCUUUGGCAGGGCCGCCUGUCCGCCGACAUGCUGGACCCUUGGCUGCAGCGGGUCCAGAAAGGGUUCUUGAAUGCCAACAACCAUUAUGUGGCCUACAAGGGGCCCCGCCGGGCCUCUCAAAGUGCCAAGGAGCUGCUGUGUCAGAUGAAGACUCAGGCCCGGCUGAGCACGGUAGACGGGUCAGAGGAGCCCUUCUCUUCAUUGGGGUGGGCCCGCCUGGUGCCCUCCCUCGGAUUGGAGCAGCUGCACAGGUCUCAGAGUGGGAACGGCUUCAGGACCUGCGCCGUGGUCUCCUCUGCCGGUUCCAUUCUACGAUCGGGACUGGGCAGAGAGAUCGACGCUCACGACGCCGUGAUGAGGCUCAACGCGGCCCCCACCGAGGGUUACGAGAAAGACGUGGGCAACAAGACCACCAUCCGUGUCAUCAACUCAAAGGUUAUUGUAAGUCCGGAGCACCAUUUCAAGACCAGUCCCCUUUACAAGAAUGUAACCUUGGUGGCCUGGGACCCUCCGCCUUACUCGCUCAACUUGCACAAGUGGUUCACCGGUCCAGACUUCAACCUGUUCGGGCCGUACGUGGAACGGCGCAAGUCCCACCCCGACCAGCCCUUCUACAUCCUCCAUCCCAGGUACCUUUGGGGCCUGUGGGACGUGAUCCAGGCCAACACUCUGGUGAACAUCCAGCCCAACCCGCCCUCGACUGGCUUCAUAGGGAUCCUCCUGAUGAUGGCGCUGUGCGAGCAAGUGCACGUGUACGAGUUCCUCCCGUCGGCCAGGAAGACGGACCUGUGCCAUUACUUCGAGCGCUACUUGGACGCGGCCUGCACGCUGGGCGCCUACCACCCGCUCCUGUACGAGAAGAACCUCAUCCAGCGGAUCAACGGCGGCAGCGAGGCCGACCUGCGCGCGAAGGGACGGGUCACGCUGCCGGGCUUCCGCACCGUCGACUGCGAUAUCUGAACCGACGAGAGUUUGACUCGCUGAGCCCUGCGUGACGUGACUCGAUGAGACCUUUUCUGGGCCCGCUUCGGGUUCAGUGCAAUAAAAGCCUCUGGAGACGAGGAGGCCGCGGCGGAGGGCUGAGGGUUGCGGCUGGGUUUACAAGUUUUGGAUUAGAUUUGACGAAAAAAAAAAAAAAAAAAGCCAUAUCCCUUCGGGCUGGUGGGGGAGGGGGGGGGGUACUCAACAACGAGGCUUUGGGAAGAGCUCGUUUUCAUCAAAAUGUUCUUGGGGAUUUACCGGCUGCCGGAGGGAGGGGUGUGGGGGGGUCGCAACAUUUUCGAAAAAAGACAUAUCUCUCUGCUUUAGCUGAGCCACGUUAGCUGUGGAGCUGACUUAGCGUAGUCACAGCUUUUAAAGAGUUUUUAGGGAAUUUUCAACAAAGUUGCUGGAAAGUGUCUUUUUUUUUUUUUUAAUAGUCGGGGGGUGCUUAUCCCGUUUCACGGUUUUCUGGUAGCGGCCACACCACUUUUGUACUCACGGGGGGGGGGGGGGGGGUUUGGAAGUGCGCCACGACCGGUUCAUUCCCCUCCGAUGUGACUUUUGACCUUGAUAACGCGGCUGGUCGCGCCACGUUAACAACCCUGCAGGUUCUCUCCAGCCCGGCUCCCCACACCUACAGUCGAGCGAGAACAUCGCCGGCGCGUACCGAGUUUACUUCAUUCGGUUGACAAUCCGUCAAAGUAGCGAGCUCGGGGGAAGGAACUUAGCUUCGUGGGUAGCUGAUGGAAAAUAUUUACAAUCGUGGAUUUAUUUCACUACAUCCCUUUGAGAGCGUACGUCUCAAAACUUGCUGACUUGUUCGCUAUUGACGCGUGACCGCUUAGACUCGCGUUUGUUUUGCGGUUGGAGGGUUAUAGUCCCUGUUCGAUUGAAUCAGAGAAUGACAAAAUCAUCUUCCUGGGAUGCGAGUACACAUUGGUAAUCAUUAAAAGGCCACAGUCCGUGUUUAACAAAGACAAUGAGGCGUGAUUUACGUAUGCAACAGAAGCGCAGAUGUAUUUUUUUUGUGUGUGUGUGUUUGCUGCUUUUGUUGCAUUGUUGUCGUUCCUUAUUGCGUCUUGGGAUCGUCUAGAGUAGGAUGGGAAUGUUCAGUAUUUGGGUGAAUUGCGUAACGUAGGUUAAAAAGGUCGGCGUGUAAGUAGAGUAGAGUAAGCUCGAGAUGUGGGCAGGUAGGAUCCGGAAUGCGGGAUACACACAAGACUUGACAAUCGGGCCAAAUUCGACCAUUUUCUGUCUUUUGAGCAAAGACGGAAAUAGCUCAGUUGUCUGCGGUCUCAAAAAGAUUAUUCUCAGCGAUUAUCUUGCGGUGUGCUGGCAUCUGCUCAAUCACGAGCCCGUAAAUGUUAAACCUGUUUGAUAUUUCUAAUCGCCGGUCCUAACGCAACUGAAUGUGUGGAAUAUUUGCAUAACUCCUUGGCCAAAUCACACACCGCAGUGAAACUAGACAAGUUUUGAACCGCAGCGUAGUUUAUCAGACAAGCUUAAACUUCGUCAGGCUGUUUUUUUCCGGAGGUUUGGAUACCGUGUAUACGAAAUAGAUCGGUUCGGCCAGCUCACGUGAUUGAAUGUAACCCGCAACGGCGAGCCGGACAAGCUAGCAUGUCGUGAUUGCAACUGCGCGGGGAGGUUUCGGCUCAUAUUCUGUUGUCACCGAGCUACAGGAAGCUCAUUUAUUUCCGCUAGCCUGGCAGCUCUCCAUUGGAGGGUAUUUUUCUCGCCCAGAAGAGAGGGGGGAAAAAAAAUACAUACCGGUCUUGCAAAAUGCUACUGAGCCAAUGUCGGUUGUUUGUUAUACGAAGUGAUGUCACGUGUGUUUUCUAUUAUUGUAAGACGAUGGCUUCGGUAGCGAAUAAAUGAGUCCAAGGUCUCCCAUAGCUGGCUUUAUGAAAUAUUUCCUCAAAUGGCGGACGAGUAACUUGAAAUGAGUCUCGCCGGGGUACCACGCGGCUGUCGUGAACCAGUUUGAGGUUGCCGCGCUGUUGUGGUGUCCCGCGGUUCGCGGUCGCAGUCACUUGUGCGUCCACGUUUACGUUCCCGCGAGCAACGAGCUCUACCUGGCUUCUUUGGUUUCUGGCUGGUUUUUUUUUUCUCGAGCGUAGUCCUUUUAUGUUGUUUUCAAGUACGGAUGUCUAUUGUAGUACAAAAUGUUUGAAGUAGCCUUUAUUUAUUCAUUAAAUAUGAAUACAUUUAGACAGAAUAAUAUAUGUUAAUUUUUACACAAACACACGCCCCAGGUCACGAUAUGAGAAAAUACCGCAUGAGCGCCGAAAAAAUGUAAUCUAUUUGAUGACUGUUUUUUCACUAUAUUUCACGUUAGGACUGGCUUGUAUGGAUUAAAUUGUGUACUGUGGUACAGUGUAUUGCAAUAUAAAAACUGAAACUGGAUACGAUAAAUAAUCUCUAGGGCCCAGCGCAAUGGAUACUUGAAACAUGAAGGUACUGCAUCGCAUCGACGUCAAAAUAAUCGUGAGUCUAUUUUUGGGUUUAACCAUUUCUGGCUAGGUAUGGGGAGAAUGGUUGAUAAAUGGAUUUAUUGGUUCUUAUAUUCAGUCAAUGAUUGUUGAUUAUGUGUGACUUGGUUCACGCUAAGCUAGUUUGCUGCCUAAAGAAGGUUGACAUGAUUGGCUCUGUUUUCAUAGACGCCGCAUCUGCAUUGGGGCAGAAAUGUCGCCGGACUUUGAAUUCCGUGCAGGCGCGGAGCUUCCCAAUGGACCUUUCUGACCUGUCGAUCACCCGUACAAUAAUAGCCAAUCAGAUAGCUGCAUUGUUUUAACCCCUGGCUGGACACGCCCCUCUCGCCGUAUUGUCCCGCAAGCAAUGCUGGGUUGCCAGUAGCGUGCGCUUGGAAAAGUUAACGCUACGAAGAAAAUGGUCCUCAGAUGCGCUUGGGGAACGUGCGAUUCUGAUGAAAGAUAUCCUGCUAGGUGAAUACACCCACUCACUUAUAAAGACUACAAUGAUAUUACUAGUGAUCUUUCCAAGUAAAAAGUACUCACCCUGCUUUACACGCGUAGUACGAUUCCACUAUUUUAUCCUGCUGGACUUCAAUACAAGGUUUGUGAGGCGUCAAAGUUUUUUGCAUCGAUCGCCAACAUUUCGCUGUAAUUCUGACAUUGCGUCCUGCUCCGUCCAAAAUCUUAAUUCUGUGUACAUAUCCCUGCGUGAAAUAGUUGAGACCCCUCUGUAGAACUCUCUUGGACGAGUCUUGACGCAUUUGGCAAAAAUCUGCAAUACUCGAGAGAGAAUCAACUUCAAACAUGUUCUGUUCAAUCGCCAUUUUGAAAGCUUGUAGGACAUGGCUAAGGGGGCGGAGCUUAAGGUCACCAUCGGAAAGGUCCAUUGGGCGUGUGUCCUUAGAGAUCCACCGAAAACCGGUCCAAGACCCUGUCUAACUGCCACCGUAACCUGGACCAGUGGCCAAACACCACUUGGGUGAUUUUGAUCAGGCCAACAGACAGACAGAUCCUGAUACUGCCGACAUAUUUACGUCUCCGGCGGCUGAUUUUGUAUUCAAUAAGGAUCCCCGCUCGCACCUGCAGUGCCGUUGUCUGGCCUUUAUCAUUUUGUGGUGAUCUACGAAAUUACAAAAACUGAUGUAACCCGCCCCUAGCGCGCAGUUGCUGUUUGCAAAAAUAGGGCCCAAUAUCUUCAUCCAUGUCGACCCCCAAUUCCAAGACACGGACACAGAUGUUCACCCAUCCUGUAUUCUGCGCCUACAAGUGGAAUGGAUUCAAUUGUAAUUAAGAACUGUGGACCAUUGGGGAGAUGUAUCCACUUUGAUUAAAAAAACCAACAAACAAGAAAUGACUUUUCUUGUAUACUUCUCUGACUGUAAACUUUGGACUCCUUGACAACCAAUUCAAAAGAUUCUUGGAACAAAGGGCGCAGUUAAGAGAAUUAUUUAUUUAGCGGGAACAAAAGUUGUUUUUCAAGCUUUUUUCCAAAUCAGUUGUUCAAGGUGAACGGAACUUGGAAGUGCGCCGCUGUUGCGGAUUUGGCUGUGACAGCCCGAAAUCGCGGGGAGCCUUGAGUAUACUUGUAGGUAUUGAAGUGCGCACGGCGUGCCAGCCUGGACGAGGGCCUAGAAGAGCCGUCAACAAGUUUGUGCCGCACUGCGCCGCGAAUAGAAACCACUAACGUGGCACGUGGUGAGCGGUUAUGAGAUGUAUUUAUUUGAUCCGCCUCCUGCCUGGGGAGGGGCCAUUUGCAUGUUUGCGGGGUGGCCGUCCAGUCCGGCAGCGUUGCUGGCUCCAAACGACUCCCUAGUAGCACUUCGUGGAAUGCAAUGAUUUCAUCCAACGCUCAAUAUAUUUUUUUUUAAAAACGACAUCUCGGCGAGUUAACUUUUUAUACGACCUCGGAUGAAAUGUGAGGGACCGUGCACCUCGUUGCCUGUGACGCCGGGCUCAUCUCAUUUUCUUUAUUUGCGACUUCCCGGGUCCUCGCUCGCCCACGCCAGAAAUUUUAACGAAGAGCGGGGAGGUGGGAAUGUUCAGUCGAAUUCAGAAGAUCGGUCAUUGAUGACAUCAUUUCCUGGGGGGCGUCUACUAAAGAUGAUAUGAUAUUAUUGGCCGAGUGAUUACUAUCGCUUUCAGUGUUGCAAGGAGCGAGGAAUAUUACAAAUAAGAGAAUUGAGAUGAGCCCAUCUGUCAUGAGCGAGGCUUGCCGACUGCCAAGAGGGGCGUGGCCAGGCCACUGCUCUGUUUCACAUUGGGACUGUAAUCAGACAGUUUUUGUCACUGGCGUUUGCCAGUUCGUUGCCUUGCAUUAGUGACUUGCAUUCGCUGUCCGAGUCAAAAUCAGGCAGCCGGUCAUAUAAAUUUAGGUCUUCCUCAUAAUCUGAAAAAUCUGAGUUCAAAAAGAUAUGCGGUGAUGAACGGGUCGUGGUUGGCACGCAGUCGUGACGCACGGGCGGUGCGGGUGACCAGGCGGGAGAGGGCGAUAUAACGAAGCCCGCCCGAAUAGAAGGUGCUUGGUCCUUGGGCGGACGGCUUCCCCGGCGUCGUGCCCGGCGAUGCCUCGUCUUUCCCGCUGGGUUCCUGUUCUGGCCCCUUCAUGCUUUCACGAACCUCCGGUGCGGAGGCGAACCCAAGUGCGGGAGUUCGAGGCAGAGGCAUAAUGUUUAUUCCGGAAACUGCGUCAUACUCGACAAGGUAGAGGCACAGAAACGCUGGGCUAGGCGGGAUCCAAAAGACAUAGACCAAGGUCCGAUGACUAUGGAGCGAACUAUCAAACUCAACAGGACAGGAUCGAACAAAAGGGCACAGGAUCACCGUGAUUAGGGUUACUCUAACUUAUGUGUAAAAGCAGAGAGUCCCACAGGCAAGGCAACGAACUGGCAAAUGCCAGUGACAAAAACUAAUUCCAGUCCUAACAGCUACGAGAGCAGUGGCCUGGCCACGCCCCUCUUGGCAUUGGCCAAAGCCUCGCUCAUGACGCCAACAUCUUUUUUUUUUCAUUUUUUUUAUGCGGAAGUAAGAAAUGAUGGAACACCGCCUCCAAUCCUCACAGCCUUAUCGGGUGUUCUUUGUGACCGGUCUGCACAUUCUCUUGUUACACUUGAAUCAAGAUUUGAAUUUGAACUGAUUUAAGAUGUAAAUUAGUUUUUUUUGUGUU